UUAAAGACUUUUAGUAAAACGCCGUUGGUAACCCUGAUUACCAAUGUCAAAAGUCUUGAUGACUGGCUAUUUAUUGUGAAUUGAAAAAUCAUCAAAAAACUGUUGUUUCGUGACACAAAUUAGCCACCAAAAUGGACUCAAUAGCGACCGAUUCCGGCAAGAUCGUGAAAAUGGAGGUGGACUAUAGCUCGACAUGCGACGAGAAAAUCCCCGAAUGCAAGAAACUGGCCCAAGGGGGCAAACUCCACGACGCCCUUGACCAGCUCCUAGCCCUUGAGAAGCAAACCCGCACCGGGGCCGACAUGGUCUCCACCGGCCGCGUCCUAGUCGCCAUCGUCCAAAUCUGCAAAGAGGCCCACAAUUGGGGCGCUCUCAACGAACACAUCGUCCUUCUAACCAAACGACGCUCCCAAUUGAAACAAGCCGUGGCGAAAAUGGUCCAGGAAUGUUGCUCUUACGUGGACCAAACCCCCGAUAAAGAGACAAAAAUCAAACUAAUUGACACUCUACGACAGGUCACAGAGGGUAAAAUCUACGUCGAGGUCGAAAGAGCGAGAUUGACGCACAAACUAGCGAAAAUACGCGAAGAAGAAGGCGACAUCUCCGAAGCGGCGAAUAUAAUCCAAGAAUUACAAGUCGAAACCUACGGUUCAAUGGACAAAAGAGAGAAAGUUGAGUUGAUUUUGGAACAAAUGAGGUUAUGUUUGGCCAAACAGGACUAUAUCAGGACCCAAAUCAUUUCGAAGAAAAUCAAUACGAAGUUUUUCGAUGAUGAGGGCACCCAAGACUUGAAAUUGAAAUAUUACCGACUUAUGAUGGAGUUGGACCAGCAUGAAGGCUCCUAUUUGGCCACUUGUAAGCACUAUAGGGCUGUUUUAAACACACCUAAUAUCCAAUCGGAGCCUCUGGAACGCCAAAAGGCCGCACGUGCCGUUGUCUUGUACUUAAUACUAGCCCCCCAUGACAACGAACAAGCCGAUUUGACACAUCGUGUCUUGACUGAUAAAGUCCUCGAGGAAAUCCCAAUGUACAAACAAUUAUUAAAACUCUUCACCACCUCAGAAUUGAUCAAAUGGUCGGGUUUGUGUGAAAUUUACGAAAAAGAGUUGCUCUCAACACCGGUUUUCAGUGGAAAUGAGCAAGCCAAAAAACGUUGGAAUGAUUUAAAGAAUCGUGUCGUUGAGCACAAUAUUCGUGUCAUGGCGAAGUACUACACCAGGAUUAAGAUUGCAAGAAUGGCCGAUUUGUUGGACUUGUCACCGGGUGAAACCGAGGAGUUUUUGUCGCAAAUGGUGGUUAGUAAAAGUGUGCAAGCCAAGACUGAUAGGCCUUCGGGGGUUGUGCAUUUUCAACAAAGUAAGGACCCCAGCGAUGUGCUCAAUGAUUGGGCACACGAUUUGGCGUCUCUCAUGCAAUUGGUCAACAAAACUACGCAUCUUAUUAAUAAGGAGGAGUGUGUGCAUAAGCAUCUCCAAGCCACGGCUUGAUUUUUCUAUUAUUUUAAUUACUUUACUAAUAAAUAGUGUGAAUUUAAUUAUU